AGUAGCCAGUUGGCCAGUUAACAAACGUCGCCUGUGGCUAGCUAACCAGCUAGCGACGUAAAGACGCCUUUUAUGACUUAGCUAAACUGAGAAAAUUCGGCCCUGCUCUCCGCUGUCCCACCCCUCCCUCUCCCAUCGCUGUUCCCCUGAGGACCUGCACCCCCUACUCCUUCUUCAGACCCUGUGAUGUCGCCCCCCUGUGGUGGCUUCCUGUCACAGUACACCCACCACCACCUGGUUGCCUUCCUGCUCACCUUCUUUAGCUAUGUGCUCCUGCACUCCUCGCGGAAGACCUUCAGCAAUGUGAAAGUGAGCAUCUCUGCGCAGUGGACCCCCUCUGUGCAGAAUGACAGCAGCCCAGCCUUCUCCCCAGACGAGACCUGGCAGGAGAAUAAGCUGUUUGCGGAUGCUGGAGAGGCCACCCUGUUCCUGGGCGCUCUGGACACCAUCUUCCUCUUCUCCUAUGCAGUUGGCCUGUAUAUCAGCGGGGUGAUCGGGGAUCGGCUGAACCUGCGCUAUGUGCUGUCCUGCGGUCUCUGCGGCUCCGCCGUGGUGGAGUUUGUGUUCGGCACCCUGACGGAGUGGCUGCACUUCUACAGUGUGUAUCUGUACUGCGGCCUGUGGGUGCUGAACGGCCUGCUGCAGUCUUCCGUCUGGCCCUGCGUGGUGGCCGUCAUGGGGAACUGGUUCGGCAAGUCAGGUCGCGGGUUUGUGUUUGGCCUGUGGAGUGCCUGUGCCUCGGUGGGGAACAUCCUAGGGGCGUUCCUGGCCUCCAGUGUGCUGAAGUACGGGUAUGAGUACGCCUUCCUGGUGACCUCCACUGUGCAGUUUGCGGGCGGGGUGGUGGUGUUCUUCGGCCUGCUCACCUCUCCCAAGGAAGUGGGUCUGAGUUUGCCCUUGGAGACUGACCUGAGAGCAGUGGAGCGAGACUCGGACAGCCACCGGCCGCUCAUUAGUGACGACGAAGAAGAGGAGGAGGAGGAAGAGGAGGUGUACAGUGGGGGGGGUUACUCCAUUCAGCAGCAGGGGCAGGAGCCCGAGACCCCCCCCACUGCCAUCGGCUUCCUCCAGGCCUGCUGCCUGCCGGGGGUGCUGCCGUACUCCCUGGCCUACGCCUGUCUGAAGCUGGUCAACUACUCCUUCUUCUUCUGGCUGCCUUUCUACCUCAGCAACAACUUCGGCUGGCAGGAGGCCCAGGCUGACCGCCUCUCGGUGUGGUACGACGUGGGCGGGAUCGUGGGCGGGACGGUGCAGGGCCUGAUCUCAGACUGUCUGGGGAAGCGUGCCCCGGUGCUGGCUGUCAGUCUGCUGCUGGCCAUGGGUUCGCUGGUGGGCUACAGCCACUCUCCGAAUGAUCAGGUGAUCAAUGCAGUACUGCUGGCAGUCACAGGCUUCUUCAUCGGAGGACCGUCCAACAUGAUCAGCUCGGCCAUCUCGGCAGACCUGGGGAGACAGGAAGCUCUGCAUGGCAGCAAGGAGGCGCUGGCCACCGUCACCGGGAUCGUGGAUGGGACCGGGAGCAUCGGGGCUGCAGGGGGACAGUACCUGGUGUCCCUGAUCGAGAGCAAGCUGGGCUGGAUGUAUGUCUUCUACUUCUUCGUUGUCAUGACGGGGGGCAGCCUGGUGUUCAUUAUUCCCCUGAUCUUCAGCGAGGUGUGGGCCAUGUGGAGAAGCAGGCGCACGAGAACACACCAGCUCUGACCCCCC